ACAUUUUCUCUGAACUCACGGUAAACAAGCAGUCACAUGGCUGAAUGCAAGUUCAGUUUGACACCUUUGAGGAAAACCCCGAUUUCGGGAAAUUCCCACACAUCUAAAACCCCCUCCCCCCGAUAAUCAGCUUGUGCAAAUGGAGGAAUAUCUUACUUCAAGUGAAAUUGAAACAAUAAAAUGAACUGAGCAACUUACACAAAUAUUGUAAUAUUGUCAUUAUUAAAAGAACGCACACACGUCCUAUUAGAAAUUAUGGGCUUACACAUACUCAUAACUUUUGCUUCCAUCCAAUAACAUGAACUACGUGUUAUUUUAACUGUUGAGAUAUCUUUAAUCCUACAGACUUGAACAUAUCACACAGACCCGGAAGUGAGUCGUCAUUGGCAGCACAGAAAGUGGCUCUCUUAAAUAAUCGCGCAGCUCCCGCAGCGGCGUCUUUCUUGCCGUCCUGCGUUAACUCCCCCCUCCGCUGAGUUGCCAGGGCGGCACUACAUCAAUAAAUCGAGAAUUGAACGUGUACGUGCUCGGUUAUGAUGUUCUCUUAAUCGGUAAAAAAAAAAAAAAAAAAUCGCUGAACAGCGUCGCUGGCUCCUCUCUUUCAGCCUCUAGUUAGCUUAGCUCGCUAACAUUCGCGACGUUUCGGCAGGCGAGUAAAUGGGAUAGCUGUUCCUCGUUGCGUUUUACCGCAAGAGGCAGUUCUACUGUCUGUCCGAGGCUGAGCCUGUCCAGUUUGCAUAUACCUCCCUGUUAGAGAGCGUUAUGGAGCCGCACGGGGCCGCGGGCUGCGUCAACAUCGGGACCUUAACGAGCACUCUGCCGGUGAUCCCCUACCAGAAGUUGACGGACCUGUACUACCUGAGCAGAGGGGGCUUCGGCACCGUCUUCAAGGCGCAGCACUCCGACUGGAGAACCACCGUGGCCAUCAAGUGCCUGAAGCUCGACUCGGUCGGAGAAAGAGAGAGGAAGUGCUUGCUGAAGGAGGCCGAGGUGCUCCACAAAGCCAGAUUUAACCACAUCAUCCAGAUUUUUGGCAUCUGCAACGAGCCCGAGUUCUUCUGCAUAGUGACAGAGUUCAUGAGCAACGGCUCUCUGGACCAGCUGCUGCACGAGAAGGAGCUGUACCCGGUCCUGGCCUGGCCUCUGCGCCUGAGGACGCUGUACGAGAUCGCCCUGGGGGUCAACUUCCUCCACAACAUGACCCCACCUUUGUUGCAUCACGACCUGAAGACACAGAACAUUCUGCUGGAUGGAGAAUUUCAUGUGAAGAUCGCAGACUUUGGUCUGUCCAAGUGGCGGCAGCUGUCUGUGAGUAAAGGCUCCGGGUCCAAGCCAACCGAGAUGGAGGGCACCGUGAUCUACAUGCCCCCCGAGGAGUACGAUCCAUCCAAGACCCGGCGGGCCGACGUGAAGCACGACAUGUACAGCUACGCUAUCAUCAUGUGGGAGGUCCUGUCCAGACAGAUUCCAUACGAAGAGGUGACCAACCCUAUGCAGAUCAUGUUCGGCGUGCUGCGUGGGAAGCGACCCGACACCAGCCAGGACAGCCUGGCCGCCGACAUCCCCAGCAGAGACACGCUCAUCAGCCUGAUGACCAGCGGCUGGACCUCCAACCCCGACGAACGGCCCUCCUUCCUCACGUGUUUGAUUGAGCUGGAGCCGAUGGUGAGACGAUUCGACGAAAUCGACUUCCUGGAGGCUGUGCUGCAGAUCAAGAAGUCAAAGCUGAGUCGGAGUUCAGCCUGCUGCUCAGCUCAGCCUCCGAUGUGUAAGAAGAGCAAUGAGGCCGUGUCUCUGAACGACCUGAAGGAGCCCGUCACCCCGUGGCCUUUGGAAGCCUCCCAGGCCUGCUGCUCUGUCUUAUACUCCCCCCAGGACGAAAACAUCUCUCUACCCGGCAAUCUCAUCAGCACCAGUCCUGCUUCCUCUAAACCGAGCCUUCCCUCCUCCUUCAUUGCUCCUAACCUGGACCAUCCGCAGUCUCUGAAAGAUCCCUGUGAGAGCAGCAUUCCCAAUGGCUUCCAGAGCGCCAAACCCAUGAACGACUUGAACAUUCCCGUCAGGCCUGCCAUGCCCACCAUGGAGGCUGACGCAGCCAUGCAGAACCUCAGCAUGAACGCAGCAGAGCACUCUCCCCCCCUGCACCAGUCCCCUCCCUCCCGGGGCCCCGUCGCCCACUGGAUCGCCACGCGGCGCGAGGACAUCGUCCUCCAGAUGACGGAGGCCUGUCUGAACCAGAGCCUGGACGCGCUGCUCGCCCGCUCCAUGCUGAUGCGCGAGGAUUACGAACUGGUGGUCAACCAGCCCACGCGCACCGCCAAGGUCCGCCAGCUGCUCGACAACUGCCACAAGCACGACGAGGACUUCUGCCGGAUCGUCGUGCGCAAGCUGGUGGAGAACAACCAGGGAGGGCUGAAGCCGUACCCGCCUGAGAUCGGCUCGCCCGUCUCGGCUGCCGUGCCCGGCGUGCCGCCCUUCUCCACGUCCUACAGCAACUACAGGAACUUUUAGCAGCAGCAGGCGAGGGGGAAAGCAAACGGAAACUCUUCAGGUUGACGGCACGACACUACAGUUCACACUCCGUGGCUCCGGUCUCAACAUACUCACCUCACUUCCUGACCUGGGAAGGUCAGAAGGGAAGAGCUGGCUGAGCAGGAUCAGUUACCGGUACUAACCCAACGAGAUGUUUUCAUGAAACCAAAAGGGUGUAAGACUGCAUCAGUGAUUUCAUUCAAAAUGGCUUUGAUUAGAGAGGAUUCAGCUGGAUUUAAAGGUAGAGACGCACCGAUCCACUUUUUUCACUUCUGGUACCGAUAUCUGAGGUUUAGUAUUUGCCAAUUUGAUGCAGAAAAACAGCUGAAUUGACUUAAAACGGAAAAAUUACACUGAAGUACAGCUUAACUCAGUAUGCAGAUGCAGAGUUAAUUUGAUAAUUCUGCAUCAGUACAGCUCACUUAAAUACACAAAUUGCUUCACAAGCUUUGGUCAAACAUGUAAAAACAACUUUCAUUUGUUUAGUCAGUGCAAUUAGGAGUAAAACAGUCAGUGUAAAAUUAACAAUAAAGAAACUGAAACUGACAAAAACAAUAGGUUGAUUGCCUUAGUCAAACAGCAAAGCUUCCUUCAAAUGGUUCAGAAAGUGAAAUCAGAAAAUCUAAAAAUGAUGUAAAAAAUUAAUAAAGCAUGAUGUCACUCAGAACACAAAUAAAUAGAAUUAGACUGAAUAGAUCUGUCUCUAUAGAUCAGACAUCGUAAAUCGUGUAUCAUUGUCACAGAUACACAAUUUAGAAAUUUCUUCAAUAUUGGGAUCAAUAUAUUGGAUCGGUGCUUCUGUAAUUCCAGGGUUUAAUUAACAGCAGUACCAAAUGCCAUUUGGGUCUAACUGAUGUGUGUUCAGAGUGUGUACAGACCUCCUUGAUGGUUCUUAUUUAAUUAGAUCGAAGUAGCAGUCAUAUCUGAAGGUAGUAUUUAUUUCUCUGGGUUGUUCUUUGAGGCUUCAGUCCAGUUAGUGUUCGUCCCUUAGUCUCUCUCUGUGUGGGUUCAGUCUGGAAUACAAAGGCUAACCAUGUAGACAUGUUAACAUAAGUUCAGAUUCAUCUUCAGUCAUAUUAAGAGGAGGUGUGUGUGUGUAAGUGUGAGAUGGAUGUAAAAAGUGGGCCAAGAUGAUCAGCCAUUACCACAGAUCUAUAAUACUGGAUUGGACACUGCCUAUUAGCCGCUAUAGCUAGAAGCUAAAGCUAUUUUACAGGAAUUUAACCAACUUUGGUGAAGUUUUAGCUAAAGUUGGUUGCGGCGCACGAUGGCAAAGGGAAAAUGACGUCUAAAAACCACUGGUGUCAUACUUUUUUCACACAUACCUGUUGCCGUGGCAACCAGCCAACAACAGCUCCACUAGCCGACAGAGCAGAGAUUACUUUCAAGUUAAUGAGAAUCUACACACUAACAGAACGUGCAAACAUUAAACUCACCCAAAAAACAGGACAUUCAGUGAGUUAUAGUUUUAUGUUUUCAGGCUUUAUGUUUAGUUUGCGAUUAUUAAUAACUGAUCAUGAGAAGUGGCUCAUUUAAACUCCUGCUCUACUGAUGAUCUGUCAGACACUGGGUGUGUGGGUCGCCUUACUUUGACAUUACCUGAACCGAAACACCGAAUUCCACAGCACAUCUACAUGUUAAGGUUUUCAAAGUCAAGCUAGCAUGACUGACCUACCUCCCACUUUAUCAAAAAAAAAAAAAGUUUUUCGAUUAAAACUUGUUACCGACCUGCUAACUAGAUCUUGUUAUCUGGUUGUCAUUGUAUUGACAAUUAAUAG